AUGAUUGAAGGUGAUGAAGAAGUGAAGGAAAACAUGGGGUGGAGCCAAGUGAUGGAGGAGGCGACGGCAGCAGCAGCAUUAUGUGGAGCUCGACGAGGAAGAAAACGUUACGUUGGGGUGAGACAACGACCAUCGGGGCGAUGGGUGGCCGAAAUUAAAGACACCAUACAGAAGAUUAGAGUGUGGUUGGGCACUUAUGAUACUGCUGAACAAGCUGCAAGAGCUUAUGAUGAAGCCGCUUGCUUGCUCCGUGGAGCCAAUACUCGAACAAAUUUCUGGCCUUGUUCCCCAUCUUCAAAAUCAGUUCUUCCUUCAAAGAUCACGAAUCUUCUCUUGCUUCGGCUUAAAGCUAGGAACAAUAAUGUCAAUGCUUCUACUACUUCAAUGGUUACCACUUCGCUUGUUAGCCUGCAGGUUCAAGAAACUGCAAAUGCUAUAGAAGAUCAUACUCGUAGCAGCCAGUUUGAUGAUUUCUUCAACGUGCCUGAAGAUUGCACCGUUAAUACUGAAAAUAGUGAUAGUGCUACAUUUACCACUAGUACUACGACGAUUACUAGUGAUUACAUGAUGGAUUGUUUUGACACAAGUUUCAGUUCUCGUGCAGAAGAUAACUGGAGCAACGUUGAUGGCGACAACAGUAGUCAUGAGGAAGAGAAGAAAUUAGAGGGACAAGUAGUUGAAGAAGAGAUUAAUACGGAAGUGAUGGAUUUUGGAUUUGUUGAUGAUCUAGGGAAAUCUUGUCAUUGUUCUCCAUUUGAGAUAGCGGAGGAGAUUAUGAAGCCAAUGCAUGAGGAUUAUCAAAUUCAUGGGGAUCAUGAUCCAGCAAUGCUAACAGAGACCAUGAAGAGGAUGAAGUAUGAGCGUAAUUUCUCAGCAUCGCUAUAUGCUUUCAAUGGUGUAUCUGAGUGUUUAAAACACAAAGAAAAAGGCAAAUCUGAACAUCUAUACACUAACCUCAGAGUUAAUGAAGUGAAGAAGGAAUUAGAUGAGAAGGUGCAAGAACAAGUUGGGACUCCACAGGCAUCAACAGAAAUGGGGUCAUCUACUUCUUCUUCUUCUUCUUCUUCCACCAAGGAAUGUGAUGAUCAAUUCUCUCUUUGGAGCUCUUUAGAUCUUUCUCCUAUCCGCUUCUCCAUAUAG